AUGUUGCCGCCAACCGGUCGCAGCGGCACGGGACUACCCACUUUUGACAAUGCAGGCUUCUUCAGCAAGGUGUUCAUGUACUGGGUGUGCAGCUGGGUGGACUUCGUCGGCGAGGAGAAAUGCAAGCUGGAGUCCGUCCACGAGCUGCCCCAAAACGACCAGCUAUGCUGGUGGCAGACCGUGUUCGCACGGCACGUCAGCGACGGCCUUAUGCGCCUGGAGAAGUCCGAAAUGGCUGCAUCAUCACCGUUCGAGCCCAAAUUCAAGCCUUAUCACAGCAUAUUUUUGCGUGCCAUGGUCCUCACCUUCUGGCGCCGCGCGCUGCUGACGCUGUUGGGCAUCGUGUGCGUCGAUCUGAUAGGUAUCGGCACGGCCAUACUUCUGAAGCACCUACUGGAUAUGCUGUCAAAGGAUUCGCAACACCUGUCAACGGUUUUUGGCAUCGUGUUCGGCGUCGUGUUGGUGGAGACAACGCACUCCAUACUGCAACAGCACGUGGAGCUCUUCAUACACCGCAUUGAGAUUUGCAUAGAGGCAGUUAUCACGAUCACGCUGUUCCAGCAUGGGUUGUGCUACCGUAGACACUACUCGUCGGUGGUCGAUUCCACCAGCCAGCUGGGCACGUGCAGGAAGGUGGUCCACUUCACUGAUCCCACCGAGAGCUGCGCCCCGAACCCGCUGUUAUGUCCCGCUCGCAGGCACCAAAAUCGUGAGCUUCCUCCGAGCAUUUACACCCACAUGGUGUUAGACGCAGCUACCAUCACGAACUACGUGGCCUCCGUAAUGGCCAUUGUGGGCUUUGCGUGUAACUUUCUUGUUGGGAUGGUAUUCGUGAGGACUAAUAUGGGAUUCCCCAUUCUCCUUCCCUCUCUGACAGUUCUAGGCUCCGUGUUUUUCAUGUUGGUCCUCGAGCUGGUAAACGGCAGGCUACGCCGGUACUCCCUGGAGUCCAUGGACUGCCGGGCGUCGGUCAGCUCCGACGUGCUUGGGAACCUACAGAUUUGCACUGCGAUGGGCAUCGAUGACGUGGGAUACCGAGCGAUUGAGGGUACUAGGGAGGAUGAGCUCACGGUGCUUCGGCACCGUUUGUUCUUCCAAUUUCUCAACCGCGCUCUGGAGCGAUCGGUUGGGAUAAUAUUAUUUUGGGUGUUUGUGUACGUUUUCAACAACGAGGUAUCGAAGUACGAGAAUAGUAACGAUAUCCCUUUCGACGUCAACGAGCUUAUAUCUGUCAUGUUCAUCGUCACAAAAAUCGUCCUGAAAUGUGGCCGACUGCCCAAGGCCUUCCGUUGGAUGGUGGAGUCGGCCACAUCCUACCGUCGGGUAGAAGCAUUUUUACGCAACUGCUCUCCGAACUUUUAUUUGGAUGCCAACCACGUAGAGUCUGCUUCCGAGCCCAAAGAGUUGGACAAGCAUAGCAUCCCCUCCCAUGUCCCCAUUGACACUCUUGUUUAUUUCAAGGAUGCCUCAUUCAGUUAUAUAAACGACCGCAAGCUGCUCUUGGACUCCGAUCAGAGCAGCAUUCUCCCUAUUUUAAAGUCUUUAAAUAUGCAACUGAAGCGUGGCGAUGUGAAGAUCAUCACCGGCAACCAGGGCUGCGGCAAGACGAGCUUCAUUAAGUCGAUUCUUGGUGAUAUGAGUCUGGUAUCGGGUAGUAUGUCGGUGGCGCCGCUAUCCGUCGGUAUGCCUAUUUUCUACACUUCUCAGGAGGUGUGGCUGCCGAGCGGUAGCAUCCGUUCGAUCAUCACGUUCGGGUACGCGUUCGACGAGGACAUCUACCGGCAGGUGACGUGUGCGGUUGAGCUGGAGUCUGACUUUGCUUCUUGGGAGGACGGGGACAUGCGUGUGAUCUCCGAGAAGGGCUACUCGCUGAGUGGCGGCCAGCGCGUGAGGCUGAGCCUGGCGCGUGCUCUCUACGCCUACCUGAUCUUCAGCAAGGCCAACGAACGCUUGGUCGGCGACCGGUGCUGUUUCUUGGUCUGUCUGGACGAGCCUUUCAACGGGUUGGAUUCUAGCGUUGCGCGUUCCAUUUUGAGGAACCUGCUGAACAAACGGAACGGCCUAUUGGUGCGUCCUGAUGUUGCCGUGGUGAUGUCGAUGUCUACAAUGACAUUGGAUAUCGCUAUGACACCCGAGUCUAUCUCCGGACUCGUGGACGUAUUCGUGCGCGUGAUAGAAAACGGUGUUCUCAAAGACCCCAUGUCCCUUGGUAUGCAUUUGGGGUUCGAUUUGACAAGUGACACUCCGUCAUCCGCAAAAUCGGGCGCUGAUGAUGUCAGUUACAAUGCGUUUGGGAGGAUAUCGAACGGAGAUAGUGCCCGGUCUGUAGUCAUGUACAAAGGCAUUACUAGUGGAAUGUCAACAUUUGACCAAUAUCCGCCCUUAAGAACCCUGUCGAUGGUCACAUCAGCCAACGGUGGCAAACCUGCCAACAUAUGGAGCGCGUAUCUGGUCUACUUCCGCGCAGUUGGCUAUUUCCUAUUGUUUGUCCUGUUUCUAUUCAUCCUGGUAAGCCAUGCCUCUGUGAACAUCAAGCUCCUGCUCGCCGCCAAGUGGGUUGACACUCUUCGUAAAGCAACGGAUGGUUCCGACGUGGACGUGAUGUCUCACCACCGCAAGUAUUACGUGUGGAUUACUAUUUUCACUUUUGCCUCCGUGGGAUGCUUCUCCGUGCUUAUGUUUGUUGUCGUAUUCGCCAGCUUGCGUGGAUCGCGUAGGCUCUUCGGUUUUGCUCUUAAAUCGACGUUUCUCAAGCCGUCUGCAAUAUUGCAGCUGAAGUCGUGCAUGGGUGCGCUGAUGACCUUCCUUACGAGCGAUAUCCACAUCAUCGAUGAGCAUAUCGGUUUUUACAUACACGAGACAUCGUACUCGUUGUUGUCGUUUUUGGUCAAAUUCGCUACGUUGUGCUAUGUGAUGCCGGUCGCUGUGCCGGUGCCCUUGGUCACAUGCUUCCUCCUGUACUACUUUGCCCAUCGCAAGGUGAUCCGCGCCUCCAAGAUUCUGCAGCGAUUGAUGCUGGACGCCAACAGCAGCGUGAACGUAGUCUACAACGAUGUGAUGAGCGGUUCUUCGGUAUACCGAAGUUUUCGCAAGGAAAGCAUGUGGUUGCAAGACGUCAGGGCACGGUCGGACGAGUACUACCGCACGCACUUCAUGAAGGCAGCGUUCACUAUGUGGGUUACUCUGGCUACCAAUAUGGGUGCCACCAUGAUGAUUGCCGUGUUCAUCACGAUACCAGUCUUGCGCAGCUACGUCGCUGGCGAGCCGCACAAGGUAGGCCAACUCGGCGUUGCCAUUUCCCUAUGCCUGGGUUUCGGCAACAGCCUGAGAUCGCUCAUCAACAACUACGCCCAGCUGGAGAGGUACAUGUGCUCGGUUGCGCGAUUCGAGUCUUUCUUCAUGCAGGAUGGCUCUUCGCUGUAUGACAAGUUCGACAGCAUGGGCGAGAACAUGCUUUACGUUCCCCCGUCGUAUGGCAGGGAAGACUCAUUUGUGGGCACACAAACCACUUCAAUGGAUAUAGAUGACGUAGGUGACGCGAUGAUGCCGAUUUCAUCGGACCACUGCUCCGUCAACAUUCCCCACUCGCCCGAGGAGGUUUUUGAAGUAUGUCAGCAGGGCGAUGAUUUUGAAGCAUCAUACGCCGCACUACUACAUCGGCGAAUUUUUGAGUAUCGGUCGCAUUGCUUCCGUCGUUACAUUUCACUUUUCGGCUGGAAGUUCUACAAGCCCUAUAUUGAAGUAUUGCGCGUGUCUGACUACCUUCCUCCCGCCACACUACUGCUGGAACUCAAGGAUGUCUCGUUGAUGACCCCGACACCUCCCGGCACUGUGAGCACGCAUUACAUAUUGCGUGAUGUCUCCUUCUGCGCUCGUGUUGGUGACGUUAUCGGCAUAAUGGGCCGUACUGGCGCCGGCAAGAGCACUCUGCUGAGCGUGUUGCAGAACGUGGCACCUGGAAGGGGGGGCACUGUGCUUCUGGAUGGCGUGGAGUUGAACACGAUCCCACGCAAGGUGCUGAGACACGUUAUUGGGGUACUCCCGCAGCUGCCAUUUAUAUUUAAGGGAUGGACUCUGCGUCGGUUCCUGGACCCGCGCAUGUUGUACUCGGACGACGAGAUCAUGCACGCCCUGGACUGCUGCGGCAUGCUGGAGCUUGUCAAAUCGUUGCCUGGAGGUUGCGAACUGGACACUGUGCUAGUCCCAGAAGAAUCUACUGCUGUCAAGAAACUCUUCGUGGCGCCACCUCUCUGCCCGUUGUCUGGUAACGGCUGGGCUUCCCGCUCCUCGGAGGCGCCCACCUUGUCAUACCUCAAAGGCAACCACAGCCGCAUUGUGCUGUCCGUUUCGCAGCAGCGCCAGUUGUGGUUCGCGCGUCUGGUGCUGUAUCGCCGGAUGUAUCGCAUCAUCCUGAUCGACGAGCCACAGUGGGCUGAGGUCGCUGACGACGACGAUGAGGUGCGGUCGUGUUGUGCAUCGGAACUGUCGUGCUUCGGGUCAGGCAAGUCGAUAUGCAGCCUAGUCUAUCGGUACUUCUCCCACUGCAUUACGUUCUUGGUGACGCACGACCGGCGUAUGCUGCGCCGCUGCUCUCGGCUGCUGCACGUGAAAGAGGGGAUGGUGAGGGACGAACCCUCCCUCAUGCAGUUGUGGGGAGUCAACCCGUCCCCAUCCUCAUGA